AUGUACACGAAGCACCACAAUGCACCGGUCACCGGUGGCGGCGGCGGCAGCAGCAGAGGUGGUGCUCCUGCUCGCCAGAACCUCAGGGUGGAGUACCGACAAACGAGAAGUGUUGCCGAACAGCCGGAUGGUCCUGAACCGGGUCCGGCAGAGGUGGUCGUCGGUGGCGGGUUGGUGUACGGACGGAAGGCUUCCGUUGUCAGCAAUGGAAGUGAUCUGUCGAACGAAGACUACGAAGAGGUGAAACCCGACAUGAAGGUGGGUUCGCAUCUACUGGAUCAUGGGUACGGUUGUGGGGUGUCAUUUGUGGCCCCACAACAACAGUACUCGCUACAGCAACAACAACAACAACAACAACAGCCUCAGGCCCGUGAAACGCAGCAUCAGCAGCAUCAUCCGCCACACCACGGUAGCAGUAGCAGCGGCGGUAGAAGUAGAAGUAGUAACAACAGCAGCAGCAACCCUGCAUCGACCAUGCCAUCGUCGUCCUCGUCGACAGCGGCGCGUAGUAGCGGAAAGCACCAGCAGCAACAGCAACACAAUCGACAGCCUGCGAACGAUCUGACGAUCACUAGCUACUUCCGGGCCAUUAAGCGAUCGUCGCAAACAUCGAGCAUAUCUCCUACGCCGGCCAAAGUAGCUAAGAACAGUAGCAAUGGUAGUUUGAAAACUCCCAACUCGACUUGCUCCACGCCAACGUCGUCGAUAUCGUCGUCGUCCUCCUCGAAGAAGCGCUACGCGGAACGCACCAGGUAUGACACAUCGCUCGGUUUGCUGACGAAGAAGUUCAUCGAUCUGCUGAACGAGUCACCGGACGGGGUGGUGGACCUGAACAUUGCCUCGACGAAGCUGAAGGUGCAGAAGCGGCGCAUCUACGACAUCACCAACGUGCUCGAGGGGAUCGGUAUGCUGGAGAAGAAGUCGAAAAACAACAUCCAGUGGAAGUGCGGCAAUUCGUUGUGCAAUAUCGAUCGGAACGCACGGAUACAGCGCGAACAGUUCCGAUUGCAGCAGAAGGAGAACAUGCUCGACGAGAUGAUCGUCGAGCUGCGUACGGCGACGAACGACGACAUGACGCGCACCAAGCACGGUUACUUCACAUGCCAGGAUCUGAACUCGAUCGAAAUGUUCUGCGAGCAGACGAUCGUCGUCAUCAAGGCCCCGCCAGAGGCCAAGCUGGUGCUGCCGGAUGUGCAGACUCCGCGGGAGAUUUUCCUGAAGUCGGAAAAGGGCGAAAUCGAUGUGUUUUACUGUCCGAAGGAUACGACCGGGUCCAUCGACAGUCCGGCACUGCUGGUCGGCGAUCCGUUGCUGGAAAACUUUGACCCAAUCAUGUCACCGUUUCAGCGCGUAGUGAAAACUUCCAGCCCACGAAGAGGAGGUGUGAAGAGAUCGUCCCCGUACUCGGCCCAGCGCAAUCUUACUCGUGCCCUGUGUGACGAUGGUUACGUGAAGUGCGAACGAGAAGAAACGCACCCGUCGGCGGGCGCUGGGUCAUCCCAGUCCAGUUCGCUCCCGGUGGUGAACCCCUCGUCUGCGCAGAAGGUGAUCGUGAAGACCGAGCAGCGGUACGAGACUAUGUUCGACCUCGGUGGUGUUGUUGGACGUAGUUGUUACGCUGACGCUGCGGCGACCGCGAUGCAUUUCGACGCUAGUCAAACAACGAUGGCCGACGACGGUGGUGGCGGUGCGGUGACGUCGACUGGCAUGAUGAUGAGAGUUAAGUCCGAGAAUGUGCCUGAUAGUACUAGUAAUUGUAUCGGUGCGGUGUCCGCUGUUAACUCACACGGCGACACGGCGGCAACAAUGUUUGCGGCCGCCAGCAGCAGCAGCAGCAACAGCAACACGACGGCCGUAUCGUCGUCGUGUGCGUCGUUGGUGGUGAAAAGCGAUACCGACGAUCAGAAACCGUCUUUGUCGUCCCUCAGCGACAGCAACACGAUUGCCUGUGCGGCCGGUAUCAUCAUGGACAUUUGCCACGCCGCCGCCUCCGGUGGUAAGAUGAUGUCGGAGCCAGUCGGCAACGACAAUGCGUCGCUCUCAGACACCAAGCUGAGCCCGAACAUGUUCCCGUACGAGUUUGCCAUGAACGGUUUGGCGUCACUUAGAUCGCCGAGCUCCAAAUCUCCCGAGAACCAGCGCUACGGAUUGGGCGAGUUCGAUGAUUUGGACAUGUUUUUGCACUUGGAACCGACGGCCGACUACAAUCUUUCCCUGAACGAAUCGGAAGGUGUGUUCGAUUUGUUCGAUUUCAACUGAUCUGCCGUCGUAGCUGCGACCUGUCUACGAAGCGCGUAAGAGAAGCCAUGUAGCGUCGACAACUGCAAUCUGCCACACUUGCGACGCGAUUAUAGUCAACGCUCCGAGGGACACUCCCGCGAACAUGCACAAGGUACAGUUUCGAUAAGCAUCGUGCGCGGACACCGUGAGAUGGUGCGAGUCUUUCCAUUUUACGCCACCGGGGAACUGUCAUUAUCCUGUGAUGCACAUUUGCGCCAUAUCGCAGACCUUUUGGCGCGCAACGCACACGGCAGCCACACUCACAAACUCUAGCAUCCGAAUGUGGCCUUCUUGCUUCUAAUCGGUUGCCGCUUCCCUUGUGCCGCCGCCGUCGUUUCUCAGCGUACCCAGCGUGUCAUGAAUGAUGCCCCUUUUUUGAGUUCUUUUUUGCGAGGUCUCGUGGCGGGCAAAAAACGGGCUAACCGAAGCACGGUUGUGCCUGGCUUAUCGAUCAGUUGGUGGCUCUCGCUCCGUUCUCAGCCAUCGUCUUGGGGUGCCGCUAGUAGGCGUCCCGUUGUGCCGCUUCUUCGCUGUUAACUCCACAUUGUUAAAGGAUUUGUUUUCUGUUUAGCAGUCUAUUUAGAGGCGAGGUUAUUUCAUUUGAUAAGUAUUUUUUUGUUGAAUUAUUUUGUUUCCUAUUCUUUUUAUUUCGCUACGUCCCACUUUGAUUGUUUUAUUUUAAAUUUUCCCCUAUCCGCCGCCGAACUGAGAGUUGUGUAAUAUUAGAUGUUUAAGGGAAGGGCCCAGAGCACACCACGGGAAGGGCACGCGUCCGGGAAAGAGAAUGGCCACAAAAUCUUUGCGCCACAUUGGUGGCGUAGAACACACGGCGACUUGUGUCACGUAAUUCGUAGACGUAGACGGCUCUAGAAGAUCGCAUCCGCUUGAUUGCGGAUUGGGCCCCGAUUGGGUUAGGAAAGAGGAAAAGCCAAAAGGUAGAAACAAAAACAAAACUAUACAAAUUUGUUUUUGGGGGAAAGACUUAUAUUUUUCAUUUACAGCACAACAGAUAAAAUUAGUUUUAUACGAUGCGAAUGUAAAUAUAGUUAAGUACAAUGUAAAUUAUUUCCAAUAAACUGUUCCCCGAACCGCUCUGGACGCGGCGGGAACAUAUCCGGAGCACGCGCGCGCGCGCGCGAAGAUCACAGCCGAUGAGCUAAACGUUUUCUGGUUUCGCAGAAACAUGGGUAGAGUGACUCUACGCCCGGUCCGGGGAAGAAAGUAUAGCUUGUUUUUGAAAUUCGACCACGAGUGACGCCACUCACGGAGCGGAUUCGUUAGGAAAUGGGACAUAGCGCGCGACGAAUAGUAGAACGAGAAAUGAAGCAAACAUGUAGGACAAAAUCUGUGUGUCGUUUUUUAAAACAAAACUGUAGGUCAUAAGCCAACCUGUGUAUUACUGGCAGUGGAGGAAGCGAAUUGAUAAGGCCGCAACAUUCACAGAACUAACGUGUAACGGUAGAAAGUAACAACCCACUUAUAGCGCACUUGAGAGGAGUUUAGGGCGUGCAGGGAAAAAAAGUGUUCCGUUCCAUGAUCGUCCUCGUGUGAGUUCGUUUGUGUUUGAUCGAGGACUUGCGCCAUUGCAUUAAAGGGCUAAAGAUCCACGCAAAAGGGACUAAAGUGAAGGGAAACAAGCAACUACAUCCUUCAAUAAAUUACAUUACAUGUCAAGUCAAGAAACGGAUCGAACUCCACGGCAAGCGAGGAAAACAUUGCGCCAAUAAUCUAAUACGCUUCUUACAAAUGACUCCGUUGCCAAUUCGUUUGCUUGUUUGGUUUAUAUAAAAAAAUAAUUUAUCAACCCGCCCAAGAUCGGCGGCUUCUGCGGUGAAAGAACCUUGAAGGGCCAUUAUUUUAUCAUCAGAAGAUCGAGAGAGAGAGAGAGAGAGAGAGCGACAUAAAACUAAUCGCUCAAGCGCGACAGGAGGACAUAGUUUAGCGGAAAGCGCGGAUUAUUUCUAUGAGUUUUUUCUGUGUGCGAUUUCUCGGUUUACGUCACAAAGCUAAGGAAUCCUGCGUUCCUUGCGUACCGCGCCACGCCCAGAAGUGAAACCAGAAAGCCAACGUUAUGUGUUGGCUUGUGUGCGCGUGCGACAGGGCGCAUCCUGUCUGCCUGGUCGUGUCAUCGUUCGGUGGCGCGCACACGUCGUCAAAUAUGCUACCUUACACAUUUUUAUGUUAUUUUACUAGUAUAAUUAGUAUGAGUUAGAGAAAGGCAGAUCAUUAAAAAUAUAAAUUGUCUCGGUAGAUAGAGCGAGAGAGAAGGGAUCAGGGACAGCGCCACACACAAAAUUCCGGCUCCUUCAAGUGCGAAAUGGAAUGUAUUCGCAAGUUUUUUUUCUUCUAUUUACCGAAUUGCUAACCCCCGUGGCUCACGACGGUGGCCCCAGAUUGCCGUCGUUUUCAGGUAGGUUCAAAAUCCGGAGCAUGGUAACACAAGCUUAUGCGGUGCCGCGCCGCCUCACACAAACCCAGAGUGUGACCAAAAAUCCUGAGGGGGUUAAGCAAGUAGAAAGAGAAUGCAAAAGCGCACUUGGGUGAGCGCAAAAAGAACACGGUAGGGCAGUAGAAUUACAGAGAAAGAGAAGGAGCGCGGGAUGGCGUGUGUGUUGUCUUAAGUAGGAAACAGAUUUUUAGUGCUCCGGGAGUGGCGCGUAAAAAUCACUUUUCAA